GACGCCAGCUUAAAUUGAAAUUGCUAAAUCACAAAUCAGCAUAUUUUGCCCCGAAAUACAGCAAAGAACCCGCAAAGUCUUGUGUUAACACAUCAAUUGUGUCUCUGCAGUUCGCCAAUUAUUGUGUUCAACAUGAGUUUCUCGAGCGAUGAAGUGAACUUUUUAGUUUACCGAUAUUUGCAGGAGUCAGGUUUUACACAUUCGGCAUACACGUUCGGCAUCGAAUCACACAUUUCCCAAAGCAACAUAAACGGCGCUUUGGUGCCUUCCGCUGCCCUGCUGAGCGUUUUGCAGAAAGGCUUGCAAUACACGGAGGCGGAAAUUAGCAUCAAUGAGGAUGGCACGGAGCAACGCGUUGUCGAAAGUCUCUCGCUAAUUGACGCCGUGAUGCCUGAAGUCGUGCAACUGCGACAAAAUAUGAACGCGAUGAAGGUCGUGCAAGUGAAAACAGAGGCGCCCGAAACGAAUGGCGGCGACAAUGAAGCAGCUACGAACGCAAGUACGGGCGCCACAAGUAGCACGACGAGCACAACGACAGUCACAACGGCAUCCGCAACGACAGCGAGCGGCGCAGCAACGAACAACGCCAAUAGCGCGGCGCCCGAAAGCAUGGAUGUCGAUCAAAGUAUUGAAAUUCCGCCGAGCAAAGCGACUGUUUUGCGGGGGCACGAGAGCGAAGUCUUCAUUUGCGCGUGGAAUCCAUCGCGAGAUUUGUUGGCGAGCGGAAGUGGCGACAGUACGGCGCGAAUUUGGGACAUGAGCGACAAUUCGACGUCGCCAAAUCAACUUGUGCUGCGUCAUUGCAUCCAAAAGGGAGGCACCGAAGUACCCAGCAACAAAGAUGUCACGUCGCUGGAUUGGAAUUUCGAUGGUUCGUUGCUCGCGACGGGAUCGUACGAUGGGUAUGCGCGUAUUUGGACGACAGAUGGAUCGCUCGCAAGCACAUUGGGACAACACAAGGGACCCAUUUUCGCGCUGAAAUGGAACAAACGUGGAAAUUACAUCUUGUCGGCGGGCGUUGAUAAGACGACAAUCAUCUGGGAGGCGUCGACAGGCAAAUGCACGCAACAAUUUUCCUUUCAUUCGGCGCCCGCGUUGGAUGUCGAUUGGCAAACGAACAAUUCCUUUGCCAGUUGUAGCACGGAUCAGUGUAUUCAUGUGUGUAAAUUAGGCGUAGAUCAACCGAUUAAAUCCUUCCAUGGUCAUUCGAAUGAAGUCAAUGCAAUCAAAUGGGAUCCUCAAGGACAACUUUUAGCUUCCUGUUCAGAUGAUAUGACCUUGAAAAUUUGGUCUAUGAAGCAAGAUACGUGUGUUCACGAUUUGCAAGCUCACUCAAAAGAAAUCUACACAAUCAAAUGGUCACCCACGGGUCCCGGCACGCAAAACCCGAACAUGAAUCUUAUUUUGGCAAGUGCUUCGUUCGAUUCGACGGUGCGACUUUGGGACGUUGAACGCGGACAAUGCAUUCACACGCUCACAAAACACACAGAACCCGUAUAUUCCGUCGCUUUCUCGCCCGACGGCAAAUUCCUUGCAUCCGGUAGCUUUGACAAAUGCGUGCACAUCUGGAGCACGCAAACGGGCACCCUUGUGCACAGUUACAAAGGUACGGGCGGCAUUUUCGAGGUUUGUUGGAAUUCGCGUGGCAGCAAAGUUGGUGCGAGUGCCUCUGACGGAAGUGUGUUUGUGCUAGACUUGAGAAAGUUAUAAGGGGAAACGUGAAGCGGGAACUAAAAAAUUUUUAUUUUUAGAUGGGGAUUUUUAGAAAUUUUUCGGAAAAUUUUUUUUUAAUUUUUUUUUCAUUUGCAAAACACAAUGAAAACUUACAACAACAACAACAAAUUAAUUAGAUUUUAAUUUUACUCUUAAUUUUUAUGAUAAUUUUAAACAAUGUGUAUGUUUAAGUAACGCUGACAAAAUUCUGUUCUGUCCAAGCAAAUGAGUCACAAAUAAAGCAAGAACGUAACGUAAGAUGAGGAAUCUUGAAACGAAAUUCCUUUCGGUUUUUACUGACUACUAAACAAAAUUUAUUCUUCGUCUUCGACAGUUUCCCUGUUUAGCUAGUUUUUACAUAAGAAACUGAACUAAUUAGAGAAGGAAAAAAAUUAAAAAUGAGAGAAAAGUCUUAAUUCUCUCUCACUUUGAUGAUAAAAAAUGCUAUAA